UUGUAUUCAGUUCACUUGUGGUGGUGAAGAUAAAGUGGUGACAGCAGCGAGCAUCGCUUCAUUUUUCUCACUCAAACACGGAACACUGAUCAGCAGUAAACAUGAAAGAUGUUUUGGGAUAUCUCAAACAGCAGCAGAGCAGGAGCCCAACACCCGAGAUGGCGGCAGAGUGGCAUUCGCUCGAGGAUCUUUACAACAGAAAAUUGUGGCACCAGUUGACUCUGAAGUUGACCGUCUUUGUCCAGGACCCAUAUUUAGCCAAAGGGGACAGUCUUAUUCAGCUCUAUGAAAACUUCCUCAGUGACUUUGAACACAGAAUCAACCCGUUGUCCUUAGUAGAAAUCAUUCUUCAUGUUACCAGACAAAUGCCAGAUCCAAAUACAGCCAUCACCUUUCUUGAAAAAACAAAAGAGAAGGUGAAAGCCAGUGAAGAGGCCGUCAUCCUCUGCAAAACCUCCAUUGGCAGUCUUAAGCUCGACAUCAACGAUCUUCCGGCAACCAAGCAAUUAAUAGAGGAAGUAGAGGAGAUCCUGAACAAUCUGCCAGGUGUGACGUCAGUACACGGGCGCUUUUAUGAUCUGUCGAGCAAGUAUUACCGCAUCAUUGGGAACCAUGCCCUGUACUAUAGAGAUGCCCUGCGGUACUUGGGUUGUGUGGAGGCUAAAGACUUGCCAGAAGCAGAGCAACAGGAAAGAGCCUUUACACUGGGUUUGGCAGGCUUGCUUGGAGAGGGUGUGUACAACUUUGGAGAAUUGCUGAUGCACCCUGUCCUGGAGUCUCUGAGGAAGACAGACAAACAGUGGCUUAUAGACACGCUCUAUGCAUUUAAUGCAGGCAACGUGGAGAGAUUUCAAGCCCUGAAGACCGCCUGGGGCCAACAGCCUGAUCUUGCAGCUCAUGAGGCUAAACUAAUGCAGAAGAUCCAGUUACUUUGUGUAAUGGAGAUGACUUUCACAAGGCCGGCCAACCACAGGCAGCUGACCUUCCAGGAAAUCGCUGAUAGUGCCAAAAUUCAAGUGAACGAGGUGGAGCUGUUGGUGAUGAAAGCUCUCUCUGUGGGACUGAUCAAGGGAAGCAUCGACGAGGUGGACAAGAAAGUUCACAUGACCUGGGUCCAGCCCAGAGUAUUAGACUUGCAACAGAUUAAAGGCAUGAAAGAUCGGUUGGACACGUGGUGCGGAGAUGUUAAGAACAUGGCUAUGCUGGUGGAACAGCAGGCACAUGACGUCCUUACUUAAAAACAUUAACAAGAUUUGAUUCUCUGUGCGUCUCGGUUAUGUCUGUAUCUUCAUUAUGCUAUUAAAACAGCAGUUUGUUUAUA